AUGGCCGAACCCAACAAUACACCCUGGCCCCCAGCAACACCACAAUCUCAAACCCCUCGCUCCGCCUCGCCCGUCCUCUAUCAUCCUAGCGGUCAAAUGCAACCUAUCACGGCAGCACCGCAAGCAACAGCAACAACAACAAACGGCACCCACAAGCCCCGCGUCCUACACAUAGGCGACCCGAUCAAGUACAAUCCGGAAAUCUACGCCGCCUUCUCCGCGCAAUGCGACAUCAUCCGUCCCUCGACACCCGAACGCCAGCGCCCCGCAUUCGCCGCCGCAUUACGGGACGGCAAGUGGGGCGACUUCUCCGCCGUCUUCCGCCCGUUCUGGGGCACGGGCGGCGAGAUGGGUACGUGGGACGCCGAGCUGGUUCCGCUGCUACCUGCGAGCUGUCGGGUUUUUGCGAGCGCGGGUGCCGGGUUCGAUUGGGCCGAUACGCGACUUCUCGGUGAACGAGGCAUCAUCUACUGCAACUCAGGCCUCGCCGCCGCCGAAGCAGUAGCAGACUUCGCCGUCGCCCUCGUCAUCUCGACCUUCCGCCACCUCCCCUGGUGCACGACAUCCGUCUCAGACCCGACCGCCUUCCAAGACUGCCACGCCCGCGCCACGGCCGCCUCGCACACCCUCCGCGGCCACGUCCUCGGCCUCGUGGGCAUGGGCAAUAUCGGCCAGCAGAUUGCACAGCGCCUCGGCGUCGGCUUCGGUAUGGAAGUUCACUACUUUGACGUCGUCCGCAAAGACCCCGUCGCCGUGGAGGCAAAGUUUGGCGCGAUGUUUCACGAGACGAUGGAGAGCUUGCUACGUGUCUCGGACUGCGUUGUGCUGUGCACGCCUGCUGGUGGCAAGGUUAUUACUGCGGAGUCGUUGGCUUGGUUUAAAGCUGGGUCGAGGUUUGUGAAUAUCGCGAGGGGUAGUUUGGUUGACGAGGAGGCUUUGGCGGACGCGUUGGAGUCUGGGCAGAUUGGGACUGUUGCGUUGGACGUGCAUGCCGACGAGCCGAGGCCGCAUCCGCGGUUGCUCAAGAUGGCGGGGACGAAGGCCAUGUUGACAUGUCACAAUGCUGGAGGGACGGUUGAGACGCAUAAAGGGCCACAAUACAAUACCCUGUUGUAUGUCUGGGGAAACCGCGAGGCAAAGGCUCAAGUGACUGUGAAUGGCCUUCAAGUUACGAUCAACAAGAAUCUGGCAGGAGCUUUGAGCCGUAUCCGCCAUGAAAGAGAGCCGAUAGUUAUCUGGGCAGAUGCUCUAUGCAUCAACCAGAAUGAUGAAGAUGAGAAAAAGUACCAAAUUGAUCUCAUGCAUCGCAUCUACGGCGAGUGCGAGAACUGUCUGGUCUGGAUGGGAGACAUUGUAGUGAAAGGUGAUAGCAGCGUCGCAGCGGAACUGGCUGCAAGAGCGGCCUUGAACGCUGUGCGUAUCAUAGCAGGGCAGCCACACGACGAGAAGCUCGGCUGGCCUAGCCAGUAUCCAUUUGCUACAAGCGUUGCUGGCAAUGGUAUCACUGCCGGGGCAGCCUUACAGUCGAUGAUGGACUGCGAAUGGUGGCAGCGCAUCUGGACCGUCCAGGAGGUCUGCCUGCCCCCGAGAGCCACGGUCCUCUGGGGGCCACUCGAGAUCAGCUUCCAGACGAUCAUGGACGAGGCGAGCUACAUUGUGCAACCAGAUGAGCACCCGCAACACAAUAACAUUUUCGAUCUUUUCCAAGAGGGCACCACUCUUUACCCGAGGCUUCAUACAAGUCCGUUCACGAUACCCGUCCUCAGCAUCGCUCACGCUAGACUCUGGAACCAGUCUAGAACCGGCUCGCUAUAUAGACUAGACAGAAGGUCCACAUAUCCGAAAGACAAGCUGUUUGGUAUCUGGGCGCUUCUCAACAAGACAUACUUGCCUGAUAUCAGACCCACGGACUACGUCCUCGAUAUUGUGGUCUUGUUUUCCAGACUCAUGAUCACCUCUUAUCGGCUGGAGAGGGGGAGAGAGACGACCGGUCUGCCUACUUGGGUCCUGGACUUGGCCCAGCCGGAGGACUCCAAGUGCACCAACGAUUUCUGGACACACGAUAUUGCUUGGAGGCAAUUUCAUGCCAGCAGUGGCCUACCACGAUUCGAGCUACCAGUCAAGCAGGCAGAAAAUCUCGCAUUGCUCACUUUGAACGGCAUUCGGGUUGACAAAGUGGCUACCAUCUUAAUGGACCUUGGGCACACGCAACGGUCCCUUUGGAGACAUGGAUUUGAAGACGCUUUCAAGAACCACGCGGGUAAAGACAACAUCAUGUACCAAUAUGACAGCCUCAUCCAGGGAAAGUUCGGUGAGUAUCAUGAGCCCGUCACGGAUGAGAGCUGGCGAGGGGGUCCAUGGUGGGAGGACAGAAUGCUCUCUUACCAAAGGACAAUGUUUGGAUUCUUUUGGGAGGACACCAUCCCUUUCUACCCCGUCAAGUAA